AUGGAAGCUAAGCCUGUCAACAAGUCAUCUCAAUCCUAUCUAUGUUGCUCAGGCUUGGAAAUUUGUUUCUGUGGUUAUCCAGAAAGUCACAGACCUACUAAUUCAGGAAUCCAAAAAUUCGACAAGGUCGUCGACCAAGUUGAAGACAUCAGACUAGAGCUUCGGCAGAUGCGAGGAUUCCUAACGGAUGCAGAGGAGCUUCCAAAAGAUGAGAAGGAUGCCAAGAAAUGGGUUGGGAAAUAUCUAAACACAUUGUAUAAGUUGGAGGAUAUGGUUGAAUCCUAUGUCCUCAAAUUAGUACACAAGAAGAUGAAGGAUUCAACCAUAACAGCCUGCUGGAAGCUUCGAAGGAAAUUGAAGCAUAUUGAGGAUGAGAUAAAAGCGCUAAAUAAGAGUAGGCCACAUAAUAUUGAAGAUGCAAGCUUGAGAAAAUUAUCCUUUCACAUAGAACAGAAGCAGCAAAAUUUAGAUAACCUCAGUGAUAAGAACCUCAGUACAGGUAGUUCCUCUCGAACAAAGCGAAUGCUCAGCGGUGUUUGUGAAGAAGAUGAUUCAGAUUAUAUUGGCUUCAAGGAUUAUGAAAAUUCACUGAAAAGUAGAUUGACUGAAAAGGAUGGGGUACGAAUUGAUGUUGUUGGUCGUUUAGGUUCUGGGAAGACUACCCUAGUAAAAAGGAUUUACAAUUGCAAGUCAAUCAAGGAGCAGUCAAACAAGAAAAGGGAUAAUGAGCUCACACUUCUUAGUGACGGAGAGCUAAGAGACAAGCUAUGUGAAUUUCUGCGUGGGAAAAAGUGCUUGAUAAUUUUAGAUGAUGCGAGGAAGCAGCCGGAUGCUUGCAGAGAAUUGAUAGAAGCUCUCAGUCUCCAAAACAUGAAUGAGUAUAAAGUCGUGGUGCUGAAUAUAGAUGAAUCACGGGAUGGAAAUGCUAAGCUUAUUGAACUGCAACCACUUGAGGAAAACGAAAGCUGGGAGUUAUUUUUGAGAAGCUAA